AUGGCAUACAACUAUGUGGCUACAGCACAAAAGCCUACAAGUGUUACCCACUCACUUACAGCCGUCUUUACGGGUGUGAACGAUACAAAUCUACUAUUAGCAAAGAGUACGCGCUUUGAAGUGCAUCUCUUGACACCCGAAGGGCUUCAGCCACAGCAUGAUAUCAAUUUGUAUGGCCGAAUUGCUAUAUUCGAGGUGUUUCGUGCCACGAAUGAGCCUCAGGACUGGCUCUUUAUCGUCACACAGCGCUUUCAAUUCUGUGUAUUGGCCUAUGACUCUGCAACACAACAAGUGGUGACCAAAGCUCAUGGUAGCAUUCGAGACUCAAUUGGUCGCAGUAGUGAGAUUGUCACAAGUGGCAACAUUGAUCCCGAGGGCCGUUUGAUCGGUAUGAACUUGUAUGAAGGCUAUUUCAAGGUCAUUCCGAUUGAUAGUGGCAAAGGUAUUCUCCGAGAUACGUUUAAUAUCCGUCUAGAUGAGUUACGAGUUAUUGAUAUCAAAUUUCUUCAUGGGUACACAAAACCUACGAUCUGUGUGCUAUACGAAGAUUACAAGGCUGCAAGACACUUGAAAACUUACCAUAUUUUACUUAAGGAAAAAGACUUUGCCGAAGGCCCAUGGAGUCAGUCGAAUGUCGAAUCAGGAGCGAGUUUAUUAAUCCCAGUUCCUGCUCCAACAGGAGGAGUAUUGAUUGUAUCCCAUCAAACAAUUGUGUAUCAUAGUGGAACCACAUUCCAUGCCAUACCAAUGCGAAGUACAGUGAUUCAAGUGUACGGUGCAGUUGAUAAAGAUGGGUCGCGAUUUUUGCUUGCAGAUCAAUAUGGGACGCUCUCUGUGGUAGCUUUACAAUUGACAAACAAGGAAGUUACCGGCGUGCAUCUUGAGGUUUUAGGUGAGACGAACAUUGCGUCGUGUCUAUCCUACUUGGACAAUGGUGUCGUGUUUAUUGGCAGUACAUUUGGAGACUCGCAAUUAAUCAAAUUGAAUGCUGAUCGAGACGAGAAUGGAUCGUAUAUUGAAGUGCUGGACACAUAUGUGAAUGUCGGACCAAUUAUUGAUUUUUGCGUGAUGGAUCUGGAUCGUCAAGGCCAAGGGCAGAUUGUUACAUGUAGUGGUGCUGAUAAGGAUGGAACACUGCGUGUAAUUCGUAAUGGUAUUGGAAUAAAUGAACAAGCCAGUGCUGAACUACCAGGGAUCAAAGGCAUGUGGGCUCUUCGCGAGACAUUUGAAGCCAAGCAUGACAAGUAUUUGGUUCAAAGUUACGUGAGCGAGAUUCGAAUUCUUGCAAUUGGUGACAACGAUGAGAUGGAGGAAAAGGAUAUUCCAGCAUUUAUGAACGUAAAAACCUUGUUAUGUCGAAACAUGUUUGGCGAUAUGUGGCUUCAAGUGACAGAAUCGGAAGUUCGACUUAUAAGUUGCAAGACGUUGUCACUCGACUCGACGUGGUCCCCACCAUCUGGAUCGCGAAUUACAGUUGCUUCUGCAAAUCCUACUCAGGUGGCAGUCGCGACAACCGGCGGUGUGCUCGUGUACCUCCAGCUUGAAAACGGGCAUUUGACUGAAAAGACCCAAGCAAAAAUGGAGCACGAGAUUGCGUGUGUGGAUGUGACACCCCUUGCUGGAAAAGAUGGUGAUGUGACAAUGACGGAAUUGUCAUCGCACUGGGAUAUGGCUGCGCUAAGCUCCACACUUUGUGUUGUCGGGUUGUGGACGAAUUUUUCAGUGUCUGUGUUGCAAUUGCCGACUCUCACGAAAUUAGCUACGGAAUCCCUUGGGAUGGAUCUGCUUCCGCGAUCAGUGCUUUGCAAUACAUUUGAAGGAAAGGAUUAUCUACUUGUCGGACUUGGUGAUGGCAGUUUGAUGAAUUUUGAACUUAAUGUCAAUCAAGGAACGCUUGGAACCCGGAAGCGUGUCUCACUAGGCUCACAGCCUCUCUCGCUCUCAAGAUUUCGAACUAAGAAUAUGACACACGUGUUCGCAGCAUGUGAUCGCCCAACAGUCAUCUACUCGAGCAAUAACAAGCUGUUAUACUCCAAUAUUAACUCAAAAGAAGUGAAUGUGAUGUGCCCAUUUGAUUCUGAGUCGUUUCCAGAGUGUCUUGCACUUUCGUCCGAGGAAGAGCUUACGAUUGGAACGGUCGACGAUAUCCAAAAGCUUCACAUUCAAACUUUUCAUCUCAAUGAGUGGGCACGUCGUAUUGCUCACGAUCCAGAUUCACACACCUUGGGAGUGCUAACUGUAAAUUUCACAGUGGAUGAUACCGGUGAAGAGGUUGACCAGGGUUUUGUACGUUUAUUUGAUGAUCAGACGUUUGAAGUGCUCAAUUCGUAUCGUCUUGAUCCGUUCGAAACUCCGUGCUCUGUAGUUGUCUGUCCUUUUGCUGGUGAUUCCGUCAGUGCAUCGUACUAUGUCGUUGGAACGGCUUAUAUUCAUGAAGAAGAAGCGGAGCCACAUCAAGGUCGUAUUCUUGUGUUUGCUGUCACGGGUAUUCAUGGGGAGCGCAAAUUGCAAUUAAUUACUGAAAAGGAAGUGAAGGGCGCUGUGUAUUGUCUGAACUCGUUCAAUGGAAAGGUGCUAGCAGGUGUUAACAGCAAGGCACAAUUGUACAAGUGGAGCGAGAACACCGACAAUGAAAAGGAACUUGUCUCUGAAUGCGGACAUUAUGGUCACACGUUGGUGUUGUAUAUGGAAUCACGCGGAGAUUUUAUUGUAGUGGGUGAUCUCAUGAAGUCGAUCUCGUUACUGAGCUACAAGCAAUUGGAUGGAACAAUUGAAGAGAUAGCAAAGGAUUUAAACUCAAACUGGAUGACUGCCGUUGGAAUCAUCGAUGAUGAUACUUAUAUUGGCAGUGAGACAGAUUUCAACUUAUUUACGGUGCAGCGUUCUAGUGGCGCAGCGUCUGAUGAAGAACGUGGCCGUUUAGAAACAGUUGGAGAGUUCCACUUGGGUGAGUUUGUAAACCGCUUUCGACAUGGUUCUCUCGUGAUGCAGAAUAAUUCCACAACUUUUCAAACUCCAACUACUCUUAUAUCAAAAGGACCGACUGAGAUGGCCGAUGUGAGUGAAAGGUAUUCUAGUUACUCAGCCGUUCCAAAUCAAUCGAUGCUAUUUGGAACUGUCAGUGGUAUGAUUGGUGUCGUUUUGCCGAUUAGCAAAGACCAAUACUCGUUUCUUUUACGCGUUCAGCAAGCACUGACACAAGUUGUAAAGGGUGUCGGUGGUUUUUCGUACAAGGAUUGGCGCACGUUUGAGAAUCGGCGGUCUGUAUCAGAAGCUCGCAAUUUUAUUGAUGGAGAUUUGGUGGAAAGCUUUUUGGACUUGCCAAAACCUCAAAUGAUGAAGGUGGUGGACAAGCUUAACAAUGACGGGAUGCUGGAUGGUACUGAUGUAUGUACUGUGGAAAAUUUGACUGUACGGAUUGAAGAACUUGCCCAAUUGCAUUGA